UACUACUGAAUACGUAGACACAGAGCCAUAUUAGACAUUCUCUGGUAGACAUAGGUUGUGUCAGCGUAGUCAGAGAAUCGAGGUAAUCUAACGUCAAACUGAGAGUCGAUUGCUCGCUCAUAUUCUGCACCUAGAGUGUCAUCUUUUAAGACGUUCAACAAUGGUUGCGAAGCAAAGGAUUCGUAUGGCUAAUGAAAAACACAGCAAAAACAUCACACAGAGAGGCAACGUAGCCAAAUCGACGAAGAGCAACUCUGAUGACAAAGUUUCUGUGGGACCAUGGCUUUUGGCUCUCUUCAUCUUUGUUGUUUGUGGAUCAGCAAUUUUCCAAAUCAUUCAGAGCAUACGCAUGGGCAUGUGAAGUGAGAGGACCAACAAUGAUUCCAAUGAUUCAGCAUUCCAAAAUGUCAUCCAUUCCAGCAUGCCCAGGAGGGCUCACUGACUAUGAAGUGGUUUAGCUAAGAUUCGUGUACCCAUGGAGAUCAAUCUCCUGUUUGUGCCUUAAGACAUACACAGAAUAACUUCCAAAAAGCCAUACAGUUGCAUUCCAGUUAAGGCUGUCUGAUUUGAUUUAAUGGCACUGGGUUGCAGUAGGACCUGUUAAGACUAUAUUUUGGGAUUUGGGGUUGAUGCUCAAAUUCUGUAACAGUAUAAUGUAAAUGCUACCUAGACUUGCUUUUUCUUCUCAUGAAAGAUAUGAUGUGACCAGAUUUGCACAGGUCUGAAUGAGCUUUAGCCUAGACUAGAGUAUACUAUAAGCACACAGAAUGUUCUAAUUUAUGUAGCUUAGGUUUAGCUUGUUUAAUUUUCUAAUAAUCAACAUUGACUAAUUAAAGCCACUUGUUUUAACUGCUUUAUACAGACACCUGUUUCUGGGUAGAGAUAGGCCUAUUCAUUAGGCUAUCUCUUGAGGGAGUGAAAAUGAAUAAUAAAUCAAUGAAUAAUGAUGCAAUUUAAAACUUCA